UAGAAACAAAGGGCGACAGAGAUCUUCCAAGUCACUGGAAAGGCUGGUCUCACGCGGUUUGAAACUCCAGGUCACUAUGAAGGAGGAGCUGCAACUCUGUCUCUACCUCCUUAGCAAAGCAAUUGAGGCACCGCCCCUGGCUCAUCCCAAACGUGCGACUAGUGUUCUCGGAUGACCCUUUCCGGUGGAUUCACUGAAAGAGACACUUGAAACAGCUUCCACAACAUUUGAUUAAAAACUUCAUUUCCAGUAUGGAUGUUUCUGAAAUAAGUCUCUACAAUGUCAGCCGCCCAGUUUUUAACCAGGAAUCUUUUCAAGCACGUCUACAUAGGAAGGAGAAACUAAAGUCGUCUAGAAGCGCAAAGUUACUGCAGUAUUUUCGCUGUUCAACAGAGAAGGCCAAGUCAAUGUUCAUCAGCUUUUUUCCCAUUCUGGAAUGGCUACCCAAAUAUCCAGUAAAGGAGUAUUUAUUAGGAGACAUAAUUUCUGGUUUGAGCACUGGAGUGAUGCAGCUACCUCAAAGUUUAGCAUAUGCCUUAUUGGCAGCUGUGCCCCCUGUAUUUGGGCUCUAUACUUCAUUUUUUCCUGUCCUGUUAUACAUGGUCUUUGGGUCAUCAAGACAUGUGUCAAUAGGCACCUUUGCAGUAAUCAGCUUGAUGGUUGGUGGAGUUGCUAUAAAGCUUGCACCUGAUGAAAUGUUUGAUGUUUUUCCUAUGAAUGCAACUAAUACCUCUGAGUCGCAUGAGGCAAGAGAUGCAAUGAGAGUUAAAGUAGCAGCAGCUACGGCAUUCCUUUCGGGAAUUAUACAGUUGUGCCUUGGGCUUCUACGUUUUGGGUUUGUAGUUGUUUACCUGGCUGAACCCUUAGUACGAGGUUUCACUACUGCUGCAGCUGUGCAUGUCUUUGUGUCUCAGUUGAAGUACCUUCUGGGAAUCAAAACCAAAAGAUUUGGUGGACCACUGUCGGCAAUUUAUACUUUUAUUGCUGUGUGUUCCAAUAUUAAAAAAACUAAUAUUACAGCAGUAAUUGUUGGGGCAAUUUGUAUUGUCAUCUUGUUGGGGGUAAAAGAAUUGAAUGACCGAUGCAAAGCUAAAUUUCCUGCUCCCAUUCCUGUGGAACUCAUCGUGGUAAUUAUCAGCACUGGUGUUUCUGCUGCGAUGAACCUGACUGAGAACUAUAAAGUGGAUAUUGUUGGAAAUAUACCCACUGGAUUGAGAGCUCCAGUUCUACCUGACUUCAGCCUACUUCGUGAAAUAUUUACAGAUUCUAUUGCAAUUGCAAUAGUUGGAUUCUCAAUGACUAUAUCAAUGGCAAAGAUAUUUGCUCUGAGACAUGGCUACAGCGUAGAUGGUAAUCAGGAACUUAUUGCAUUAGGUAUUUGCAAUUCUGUUGGAUCCUUUUUCCAAACGUUUCCUGUCACCACCUCGAUGUCUCGAAGCCUUGUGCAGGAGAGCACAGGAGGGAAAACUGAGAUUGCUGGAGGAUUAUCUGCCUUGGUUGUGUUGUUAGUCAUUGUUGCUGUUGGCUAUCUCUUUGAACCUUUGCCUCAGACUGCGCUAGCUGCAAUUGUGAUGGUGAACCUGAAAGGAAUACUUAAGCAGUUCCUGGAUAUACCUUUUCUCUGGCGAAUCAGCAAAUUUGAUCUUGCAUUGUGGAUUGUAGCAUUUGUCGCCUCUCUCCUUUUGGGAUUGGACUAUGGACUCCUGGUUGCAGUGGCAUUUGCCAUUAUUACAGUUGUUUACCGAACACAAAGUCCUAAAUACAGAAUUCUUGGUCAGAUACCUAAUACAGAUAUCUACUUGGACAUAGAGGCUUAUGAGGAGGUACAGGAAAUUCCUGGAAUAAAGAUAUUCCAAUCAAACGCCUCUCUUUACUUUGCAAACGUUGAUAUGUAUGUGAGUGCUUUGUACAAAAAGAUUGAUAUAGAUCCAGCUGCAAUAUUAUUGGCAAAGAAAAAGCUUGAAGGAAAAAAGAAAGCACAGUCAGCAGAAGGAAGGAAAAAGAAAAUGAUCCUAAAAUUGGUAAAUAGAAAAAGUGCAAAGGGGGCUGCAGAACAUGAGGUGGUGUCUGUAGAAGUUCCAAAUGAACAGAUUCAGAAUGGAGUUUUGAGUGUUCCAGAGACCAUGGAACAUGAUGCAAACUAUGAUGAAGAACUAGCAGCCUUUAUCAAAUCAGCAGCUGACACACAUUCUUUAAUUCUGGAUUUCAACCCAGUCAAUUUUGUAGACUCUGUUGGAGCAAAAGUGCUUAAAAUGAUAAUAAAGGAAUAUGGAGAAAUUGGAAUUAAUGUCGUCUUAGCUGGGUGCAAUGAGUCCGUUGUGGCAGAUCUGAAUAGAUUGGAUUUUUUUGCAAAAUCAGUUACAAGAGGUCUUCUGUUUCAUUCUGUACAUGAUGCUGUUCUUCGUUGCCAGAAUUUGGCUUCUUUUGGAGAUGGCUCCUCCACAGAAAGGUCCUCCUCUUGAACUGACCAUCUUGUUGAAAUAAAAUCAUUUGUUACAUUAUUUGAGUCUUGACAGACCAGCUAGAAACUAGAAGAAUUGCCACUGCAGGAAAAUAUCGCAGCAUUUUCAAGAAUGGUAACUGUUUCAAGUAUAUUAAGUCAGAGGAAAUUAAGCCAACAAGACUAGUUUAAGCAUUUGUGCCAGAUUAAUGGGUCUUAACUUUUAUUCAGUAUGGUAAGAGUUUAAGGUGUGACCAACUUCUAUAGUGCCUGGUAACUGAGUAAUCAAUAUUUUUCUGAACUGUUUUCUUAAGUUACUUUCAUACGUAUCUAUGUAGAGAAAGUUUGUAUCUAUGUACAUAAAGUUUGUCUCCCUGAAA